AUGUCGAAUCCUCGUAUCGUUAUUGGACUUGACUUCGGCACCACUUAUAGUGGUGUCGCCUGGGCUUUGAGAGAUUGUCCAGAUAAGCCAGAAGUCAUAAUGUCGUGGCCUGGAGCUGGGAACCGGACAACACCUAAAGUCCCUAGCACCAUGGCGAUCAAAUGCGGUGGGCGUGUCCAUUGGGGUUACCAAACCAACUACCUUGUUGGAGAUAAUAUCCGGGGCAUGAAGCUAUUAUUAGAUGAGCCCCAGAAUUCAGGAUACGUAGCAUCUUUGAUAGAUGCGGGACUGCUCAAAAGGUCGCGCAUACCUGCGGUUACUUUGACAGGCAUGUAUCUAACAGGACUGGUUGACCACACCAAGAAGAUUCUCCAGAGGCGCUUUGGCCCAGCAGCCGAACAGAUGGAGAUGAAGUAUGUCCUAACGGUGCCGGCCAUUUGGUCUGAUAAGGCAAAGGAUGCGACCUUGAAAGCUGCUUCAAGGGCCAAAAUCCCUCAGAAGGAUAUUACUUUGGUAUCUGAGCCAGAGGCGGCAGCUUUGUACUGCCUCAAUGCAAUUCAACCUAACUCCAUCGAGAACAACGAUGUUGUCGUAGUAUGCGAUGCCGGUGGUGGUACUGUGGAUCUCAUCUCAUACUGCGUGAAGACGGUGUCUCCAUUGCGCUUGGAGGAGGUAUCCGAGGGCAGCGGUGACAUCUGUGGAUCGGUUCUGCUCGAUGCCGCAUUCAAGACUUUUCUCAAUGUCCUGGUGAACGAUAAGCACCUAAGUGGAAAAUCCUCCGAAUUGGCGUUGAAGUACUGGCAAGAUCAAAUUAAGCCCAAUUUUGCGAGUGACCCGGACUUUGAGGAGGAGACCCAUUUUGUACCUCUGCCUGGAUUGAAGGACAACCCCAAGAUAGGUCUACAAGAUGGGUUUCUUCAGCUGGAGGGUGCUCAGAUUAAGAAGAUCUUCGAUCCGGUUGUUGACCGAGUCAAGGUGCAGAUAGUUCACCAGGUUAAUAGUGCUAGAGCGAAAAAUAUGCCAGUGAAGGCAAUCCUUUUGGUGGGAGGAUUCGGGUCAUCCGAGUACCUCUAUCACUGUAUUCAGGAGACAUUCAGUGACAUUGCUGUGAUGCAGCCACCAAACUCGUGGUCUGCUGUGAUGCUUGGUGCGGUUCGAUAUGGUUUGGGAGGCAACCAGGUUACGAACCGAAUUGCUCGAUGCCACUAUGGCAUUUGGCAUGAAACACAUAAUCCCGACACAAUGGCUAAGUUUCCAGACGCAAAGAGAUUCUGGGAUGACUUGAAGGAAAGGUGGUAUAUUCGCGACAUGAUGAAGUGGUAUAUCCACAAGGGCGACGAGAUUCACGAAGGAAAACCCAUUAGGAUGGGUUUUGACACCACCGUUGCUGUUGGCAGAACGCCCAGUGUUUUUAGCAGACUAAAAAUAUGCCUUCACAAUGAAGCGCCAGAACGUAGCGAUAGUAGUGUCUACCAGUUGUGUACCUUGACAACUGAUUUAAGCAGUGUACCAACUCGAUACUUCACAAAACACACGAACAGCAAAGGCACGGAGUACUACACUAUUAGUCAUGUCAUGAUUAUGACCCCGGGGUCCGCCUCAAUUAAAUUCGAGCUGGAGUUUAAUGGCCAAUCUUAUGGGGAGGUUCAGGCUACUUAUUUCGAUUGA